CCUUGCAGACUUAUUUUCAUAACCCUCUACAACAAGAAUCAGGCUAUCGUGCUUACAUCAUCCAGCACCUUCCGUCAGUCGAGCUCCUCGAUCGGGGAACAAGUCAGACAGAAGGAGAGAAAAGAGGCCUUCAAGCUCUUCAACCCAGAGAGAACAUCGGUGCUCCAAUCUUUAGGAUUCGGGAGAAGGACCGACUCUGUUCUUGGUAGCAGACCCACCAUACAAGGCUCAGCGUCACCCUGUAGAUCGAUGGAGCGUUCAGGCAAUUGUGAUGUGACGCGUGUCCCAAACAGAGAAGAUGUCCUUCCUUUUGAAGAUCAAGUUUUAUUAAGAGGGUACCAAAGAUCCAUCAUGCGGUUUUCUCUUGUGGACUGGAGCAGGAUGCCCCCUUCUUUCCAGAAACGCACCGCGGAC